CGCUCACGCGCGGCCGUGCGUAUUGGAGAGGGCAGGGACGCCACAGACUCACAUCAGCUGCAGCGGCGCAGUCGGGUCGGAGCGCCCCGUCCAGCACUCAGCUGUUCAAACACGCGACCACCUCAAUCUGCACAGACGUCUUUUGACUCGCAAACGAUGGACCCCUCCCCUCCUCCCUCUCCCCAAAUAGCCACGAACAUGUCGGAGGAGUGCAAUGGGAGACGACGACGAUGAUGCGCACCCUGGCCAAAAUCCCGGAGCUUUUUUUGAACAGCUCUGUGGGUGCGCGCGCGCGCGUCGGGCUCGCCGUUGUUAUCCGGACUGCACUCGCCAACUUCCCCCGCUUUCCAUCAAGUCAUGUCUGAUACAGAGCAAUGGGCAAGUUUGACGACAACGAGAGGAUAAUCCUCAACGUCGGGGGCACCAGGCACGAGACCUACAAAAGCACCUUGAAGACCCUGCCCGGGACGCGCCUGGCCCUGCUUGCCUCUGACUCGGACGUGGACUCCGUGCUGGAUCAACUGCAACAAGUCCCCGGCUUCAUCGAGUACAACGCAGGGAACAACGAGUACUUCUUCGACCGCCACCCGGGCGUCUUCUCCUACGUGCUCAACUACUACCGCACCGGGAAACUGCACUGCCCGGCGGAUGUGUGCGGACCGCUGUUCGAGGAGGAGCUCUCCUUCUGGGGCAUCGAUGAGACGGAUGUGGAGCCCUGCUGCUGGAUGACUUACAGGCAGCACCGCGACGCGGAGGAGGCUCUGGACGUGUUCGAGCUCAACGUGGACAACGGGGAGGAUGAAGAGGAGAUAGGGAAGAGGCUCGGCAUCGAGGACGUGGCCUCCGACGGUAACGGCAGCCUGUGGAGGAAGUGGCAACCGGUGAUCUGGAAUCUAUUCGAGGACCCGUACUCCUCCAGAGCGGCGCGGUUCAUAGCCUUUGCAUCUUUGUUCUUCAUCCUGGUCUCCAUCACCACCUUUUGCUUGGAGACUCACGAGGCUUUCAAUACCAUCAUCAACAAGACGGAGCUGAUGCGGAACAGCACUGCGCCGGACUCAGGCCCGCAAUACGAGAUUGAAACCGACCCUGCACUCACCUAUGUGGAGGGCGUUUGCGUCUUCUGGUUUACUAUUGAGUUCCUAGUGCGUGUGACCUUCUGCCCUGUCAAGUUGGAGUUUGUUAAGAGCGUUCUUAACAUAAUUGACUUUGUGGCUAUCCUGCCGUUCUACUUGGAGGUGGGGCUGAGUGGCCUUUCAUCAAAGGCUGCUAAGGAUGUGUUGGGUUUCCUCAGGGUAGUGCGCUUUGUUCGUAUCCUGCGCAUCUUCAAGCUGACGCGCCAUUUUGUCGGGCUAAGGGUACUGGGCCACACAUUAAGAGCGAGCACCAAUGAAUUUCUUCUCCUCAUCAUCUUCCUGGCGUUGGGAGUGCUCAUUUUCGCCACCAUGAUCUACUACGCCGAACGAAUUGGCGCUAACCCCAACGACCCCACCGGUAGCCUCCACACAAAGUUCAAGAAUAUUCCCAUUGGCUUCUGGUGGGCCGUGGUAACCAUGACAACACUGGGCUAUGGUGACAUGUAUCCAGAGACCUGGUCGGGCAUGGUCGUUGGAGCUCUGUGCGCCCUAUCGGGUGUGCUGACGAUAGCGAUGCCUGUGCCUGUUAUUGUCAAUAACUUUGGGAUGUACUACUCCCUGGCCAUGGCCAAGCAGAAGCUACCCAAGAAGAGGAAGAAACACAUCCCUCAGGUGGUGCAGGGAGGGUCCCCCAUAUACUGCAAAGCAGAUCUCAACACCACUUGCAACAGCACUCAUGGCGACCUGUGUCACAUCAAAGGGACCAGGGUGAUGGAACGCAACCGCGCAGUUCUGUCAGACUGCAGUGGGGGCAGCGACCUGACCAUGUCUUCAGAAGAGAGGGUCUCCAUGCGGAGGUCCAGCACCCGGGAACAAGACGAGCAGAGUGGGGGGACAUGCUUCUUGCUCGGUGCUAGUGACUACAGCUGCCCUGCAGACGGAGGGAUGCAAAAAACAGAUAACUGUAAGGAGGUUGGCUUUUCUGGUUUCACUCAAGCAGAAAGCAGCGUUCUGUCUUCCUGGCUUGAGAAGAAAAGGCAUUGCCAUUGCAGGCGAUGUAAACCUUCUGAGCGAGUGUGAGGGUCAAGUUGAAGUGUGAAACACUAUCACCCAUUUUGGUGCUGAGUUAAUAUUGUGGCGGUGCUUGAAUCAUGGGUUAUUGAAUGAUCCUGAGUAGAGACAGCUGUAUGUAGUUGCAGAAACAUGUACUAUCGAUGGCACUGUUAAAACGGCUGCUUGCAGCAUUGGAAUAAGCUGGUAAUUAUCACGAUAUAGGUAUAAUUACUCACUGUAUCAUAUGUCACCAGGUGGAGUUCAUUUCAAAGAAAACCUUGAUACCUAAUUUAUAUGUACAUUUUCGCUUUUUAAAUCCCACUUUCUUUGAGCCAUCACCAAGGGGUAUUGACUACUCUAAUUCCCAAACCAGACACACUGCCCAGAACUCCCUCAGAACUCUUAUUGAGUCUUAAAUUAAAACAAAAGCAGCCUGAGCUUUGUCAUUUCUGCAUCUGCUGUAUUUCAUAAAUUGCCUCCACAGGUGAGGGACAGCAGACAUGACCGUGCGGCAGCCCUACUGGUUGUCUAUACCAGUAACAGAUGGUUGCCAAGCAACUGGCUCACGCGGCGAGAUCCAUCUUACACAUAACUCGGCAAAAAGUCAUACAAUUAAAGAGCAAACUCUCUUCUUUGUCCAAACGCUAAAUUAUUGAAUCACCCCCAACUACAAUUUUCAAUACAGCUUUUAUAUUUCUGGAUGCAUGCAUAUAUAUAUAUAUAGUUGGUAUAUUUAUAUUUUUUGUAUGUGUGCAUUUAUUCAACAUAGCCAUCUCAUAUUCUCAUAUGAUGCUCAACAAAGACAUAUUGUGCAUUUCUGAUUUAUAGGGAUCUGUUUGUAUUGUAUUUUGUUUAGACCAUUCAUUUCCUAUUUGAAUGACGGGGGAAUAAGUCACCUGUGCGAGGACCUAUUGCCGUGGGAGGACACACCCUGUCUCAUUUGGAGCCACUCCUGGACGAUACGGAUGGAGAGGCACGCAAAAAAAACGAUUGACUGACGGCAGCCCAGCCAGCGGCUCAGUGCGCAGGAGAGGAAGUCAAACAGACAUCGUGGGAGAACUUAACUGAGAACCUGAUUUGUCACAUUUUGGGACUUUUUUUCUGUUCUGGAACAAUGAAGGGGAAAAAAGUAGAAUAAAUAAAAAUGGACACAACCUUAAUCGAGACUAUCUACUGUAUGGAUACAUGCUUCUGUAAAUAAGAAAAUAACACAGCAUGCCUGGGCCAAGAGCCUCCGUCCACACAUCUGUCCACCAGUGGCGAGCUAGGUAACGAGGUGUUCUUUCACUUGAUUUGCUGUGGUAACCCCCCUCGCAAUAAGUGUAUCAAGAUUAAUCAGCCGAUAAAAAUUGAGUGUAUUCAUAAAUGAGAUUCUAUAUACAGUGCAGAGAAACAAAUGUGCUAAGUUGAAUAAAUGUAUCGGAUCGGUCAUCUCACUUUUGUUUCCUUUGGUGAUUUUCAGUAGGUGAAUUGCUCUGCGGUGCGUUAAAGUGUGUGUGGGUUGGUGGGAGUGUGCGUGUGUUUGUGUUUAUCCUAAAGCACCAAGGUCAGAACCGCAGUCUAAUAGGCCAGAGACCAAAUGAAGGUACUUGAUGCCGUCACUCUUCCAGUUAGUUUUAGCACAAAAAAAAUGAGACAGAGGUCCCCUGUGAUGUGGUUGCCAUUGUAGAAGUCCCUCCCAAACCCACCCCCUUGUGCCGUGCAUUUAAACAUGCAAACACCCUGCGAUUGUAAUGGAGAUCGUUUUUUUCCUCACACACUAAAAUUAUCCUCACUAUAAUAGUCCUCAUCACUCCUGGUGGCUACACAAAUAAAAACUUCCAACGUUUCUGAAGCAAAAGUGUAGCAGAAGUUUAACUAAGUCCCAAAGUGGAACUUCUAGAAUGGCUAUAACUGCACAGUAGCAAUCUUUCACACCCAAACAAUCAGACCGGAUUUGCAAAAAGCACCUGUAAAAAAAAACCCGCCGAUCCGCACUGUGAUUUCAGCCGCCUGUUAUAAACAAAGAUGGCGACCAGGUCAAAUUCAAGCUUGUUGCAGCUCUAGAAAGCUGAUGGAAAAAGGACUGGAUGUCGGCACAACUUUUGUGUCACGUCGGCUGCACACAAGCGUCGUACAAUCCUCCUUGAGUAGUGCACACACUGCUUUACUCUUAGAACAGAUUAAAGGGGUACCGUUCUUUGUGUCUUUGUAAGAUGACGUUUUAACUUGCAAAAAAAGGUGGAAAAUACAUGUUGACUCUGGAACUUGUAUUUUUGUGUCUCUUACUGUGGGGUACAUUGCGCUUACCUGUAAAAGUUAUGGUAGUCCAAUGCUGUGCUUCUCCACCGUUUCCUCAAAAUGUCACGCUUUUUGAUCCAAGUUCAUGUUUUACUGUGAGGAAGAUUCUAGUUUGAAGUCUUUUUCUGUGGAGCCCUUAGUUGGCAUUCUCAAGUGCAUGCAGAAAAAAUAAACCCAUUAUGUCAAAUUGUUAAAAAAAAGGACGACAUACUGUUUAUCACGUUCAAAACAAUGUGUAUAGAGAAAAGUAAAUACCACGUGAGAGAGUCACAUAAACUAUUUAUCUUUAA